AUGAAAUCAAUCAUUCUUGAUACAACAUGUCCUGAAAGCUCCACGUACUCCUCUCCGUGUCCAGAAUCGCCCAAGGAGUGGUCUGUGAAUCUAAGCACUACUAAAUGUUUGAAGCUCACAAGACCACUUCUCGCGAAAAUUCACAAGCUAGUUGAUUUGCAUGAUAAGAACCCCACCCAAUUUCAGUUUGACGUGAACAGGUGCUCCUUGUUGCACAAGAAAGCACUUGACUCGUUUAUCAAUCCAUCUACCUCACAACAAAGGCUUUUGGAACUAAGACCUUUCCUACAGACGGAAGUAUUCGAAGCUUUUUGCGAAAUUUUCAUGAAUUUCAAAAAGCUUACUGCUGUCUUGUUCGAUAUGGACCUCAAUCCCAAGCGCAAAAGACACAGAACGGGUCCCAUCCAACAUAGCUUGCUGUGUAUUCCUGGCGCAAAUGUUCCUAGAUUGACAACACUAGCGGCUCUUAAGAUGGGCAAGUCAAUCGCGCUAGGUACAAAAACAAGCUUUCAGCGUAUCAAUCAAGCUAUGGCUUUCAAUCCUGACACCUUCCCCCAGCACCUAAGGCAGUAUUGUGAUGACCUUGAAGACAAUAUUGAACCGUGGCUCUCCAUGGAGCCCCAACCUAUUUUUGGUAGGUACACAAACACUUUGCUUUUUGGAUACGUCAUACAUAUUCUAGUGAUGCAUCUGAAUACCCUAUUCUACACAUUGAUCCCCGUACUACUCCAUUGGCUUGAAGAAUGUCGAGUUCCAGUGGUACGAUGCUUUUUCAGUAGCUAUUGGAACUUCUCUAGAACUGACGGUGACUUGAAGAACUUCCAAGACCUUCUUACCUUGACUUGUGAAUCCAGCAAGGAUACAUUUUGGCUUUUUUACAAGAAUGGGUAUUGGCAAAAUCUUGUCACAACCUUACAACUCACCUCUUCGAACACUAGUAGAUAUGAUGUUUACUGUCAGUUCCAUGCAUUGAUGCUCGACGCCUUUUCGAACACUGAUAAACUAGAUAUAAAACGCGAUCGGCUCAAAGAAACAUACAGGCUUAUGAGGCUCAAUUCUCAGUAUUCAAGAAAUUCAGCAAUCUUGACAUGCAUUAUAGCGCUAUUCAUAGAGUCUAACUCGAGAGGUCUAGCAAUGGCCACAUUAUCAAAAGACACUCAUAAUACCCUCCUAAAAACUUAUGUUAAGACGGCUGAAUUUGCUCUGCAAUGGCUUGCCCUCAACGACAAUUGCAUUUUUCACUUCCAAGACAAUGGUAACAUCCAGAUUUUCAAUUCUCUUUUGCAGUUAUCUGCAUUUAACCACAAGCAAUCGAAUAAAAUAGUGGAUUAUUUGUUGAAACACUCAAGCCGGAGAAAGAUUCAACAUCUAAUAACGCAAAUCCUCGACCUAGACGCUCGGAUCUGCGCUCUCGCGAUGGCUAUUCAAGCUUUGCGAAGCUUCUAUUUGAACGUACCUUUCAAAGGUGGCUUUAAUAAAGUUCUGCCUGAAGAUGUAGCGGAAUCGUUUCGACGAAUUUUCGAAGAUGACCUUCAUGGCUCAGUUUAUCAGGACUUUCUCGACUGGCUCAGUGAAUCGAAUGACGCGAAUUUAAACGAUCUCGGCGAAAGUAUUUUGGAGCGGUUUUGCGAUCUGAAAGGAGCUACAAAGCGUAGAAGACUAAUAUAG